UUGGCUUUACGCUCCGAGUCAGCAGGUGGCGCUGUGGUGUGUCGCGUUUAGAAACACGUCAGACACAAUUUGAAGCAGAGGCACGAGCUUUCUCUGGAACUUUCUGUAGGACCGUAUGAUGAGGUCUCUUCUUGUUGUGUUUUUCGUUAUGCUCCUUAGGACGGAUGUAAAAACCUUCUCGUGGGAUUAGUGUGGAUUUUCCGAGCGCUUUAGGAAUGCGGUGUGGGUUGUCGAGGAGAAAAGGGACGAGUUUGUGUGAAAAAGAAAGAGAAGGUAACUGUUGUACGUGGAGGGAAAAAAAAGCAUUGUGUAGAAUAAUCUCUUCAUGGAUCGGACAGCUGUUUAAACCGGUAGUUAGGAGUUUGUACUUUUAUUUUUUAAAUAAUUUUAUAAGACGUUUGUGAUGGGUAAAGAUUAUUAUAAAGUCCUGGGUAUACAGAAAGGCGCUUCUGAGGAUGAGAUUAAAAAGGCGUACAGAAAGCAGGCGUUACGGUAUCAUCCGGAUAAAAACAAGUCCCCCGGAGCCGAGGAUAAGUUUAAAGAAAUCGCAGAAGCCUACGACGUCCUGAGCGACGCCAAGAAGAAAGACGUCUACGACCGAUUCGGGGAGGAAGGACUUAAAGGACAUUCCGGAGGUUGCGGAGCCAAUGGGCCGAGCUACACGUUCCACGGAGACCCGCACGCCAUGUUUGCAGAGUUCUUCGGCGGCCGUAGUCCCUUCGAUCAGUUCUUCUCUCAUGGAGCUGAUGAAGACAUGGACGUCGACGACCCCUUCGCGGCGUUCGGCAUGGGUGGCAUGGGAGGCUUUCCCAGGUCCUUUAAGACCCGCGUGGGCGGCGCGCAUGUGCCACGGGGGAAAAAGAAAGACCCUCCGGUUAUUCACGAGCUCAAGGUCAGCUUGGAGGACGUGUUCUCCGGCUGCACCAAGAAGAUGAAGAUCUCGCGCAAGCGGCUAAACCUGGACGGCUGCACGGUGCGCACAGAGGACAAGAUCCUUACUGUGAACAUCAAACCCGGCUGGAAAGAGGGGACAAAGAUUACCUUCCCCAAGGAAGGGGACGAGACGCCCACUAACAUCCCAGCGGACAUAGUGUUUGUCGUCAAAGACAAGCCGCAUUCGGUGUUCCGCAGAGAAGGCUCCGACAUCGUCUUCCCUGCGAGGAUAUCCCUCAGAGACGCGCUGUGCGGCUGCUCGAUCAGCGCGCCGACGCUGGAUGGCCGGACCAUCACGGUGACGUCUCACGACGUCAUCAAACCGGGAAUGAAGAAGAGGGUCCAGGGUGAGGGACUGCCCCUGUCCAAAUGUCCCGACAAAAGAGGGGACAUGGUGCUGGAGUUUGUCGUGAAGUUUCCGGACAAAGUGACGCUGAACACUCGUGAUGCUCUGAUGCAGAUCCUCCCUCCGUGAAUGUUCAUGGUGUGUGGGGUUUGUUAUGAGGGGGUGGAGAGGGUGGGGUUGUGGGGGAGAGGGUGGGGUUGUUGGGAGAGGGGAUUGUGGAGAAGCUGGAUUGGCCAGACUGCUCCACAGUAUUAAUUUAUAAACCAUUUACCUGUGUUGAGUGCACUUUUGAUGUCACUGACAGACACUCAGAUACACACACACACGUACACAUACACGUGCGAUAUGCAGUACCUCAGAGAUGAUUCAGCUGCCUUCAUAGUUUUGACUUCUUCAAAUUCUGGAAGAUUAGGGACAGAGCUGUUUGAUGUAAUUUAAUGAAUCGUGUUUUCCCCUCAUCAAUCAUGUAAACUAGUAACAGACUGUGUGUGUGUGUGUGUGUGUGUGUGUGUGUGUGUGUGUGUGUGUGUGUGUGUGUGUGUGUGUGUGUGGGGAUAAAGAAGGAUAGACUCAUGGGAUUCCACUUUAGAGCAACGCUUUUUACAUGGUAACCGACUGUGUGUGUGUGUGUGUGUGUGUGUGUGAGGAUAUGUGUGGGUGGGUGGGUGUGUUGGGUUCAGGCGCUCUCACACACACUCCCUACACGCUACACAAUUGAGGCAGCUUUUAACCCCGACACCGUCUCGUGUCAUGCGUCUUGUGUCUCGGAUCUCGAUUCCGUACAAACCACGUACAGUUUUAAAGUCUCCAGGUGUCCAGAAAUCCAGAUUCCUGCAUCAUGUGUAUACAAACGAAUGGCUGAUAUUAGUGCGAGGAAAAAAAAAGAAGGAUUUAAAACGUUGUUUUUUAUAGUUUUGGGAAAGGCCACUUUCUGUUUUUAAUGCACGCAUGUGUUUAAUAGUAAUUAAUGUAAAGAUUUUUAAAUACAGAUACCAUAUGAAAUUAAAAGUGUUCUAUCAGA